AAAAUCUCAUUUAUCUAUAAAACUAAAAUAUAUGAAUUUAAAUUAUUGUGGAUAAUCUUAUUGCUACAAAUUCAAUUUUAAUGAUUAAUAUAAACUACAGUAUAGUGAACAUAUUAAUUUGGAGAAGACAAAUGAAAGAUCAAAACAUAACCUAUAUUAUUCACGAAAACACUGUCACAAUUCACAAUCGGCACUAAAAUGUCAAAUGGAUACAUUUUUCAUUAUUAUAAUAUUCAUCAAGGUAUAUCAGCUUCUGACAUGAGUUAAUGUUAAGACUUUACAGACAGCAAUAAAUUAAAAAUGAAAGAACCCAAAAAACACUAAACCGAAUGAUUAAUUGACCAGAACAUUGUUGUAAAUAUUUUAAAAAUGGAUUCCACAAACAUAAUGGUGAUAGAAGUCCUCCAGGCAGCUGCUAGUCAAAAUCCGGACAUACUCAAACCGGCUGAAGCGAAACUAAAAGAAUGGGAAACUCAUCCUGGAUUUUACACCACGUUGUUCCAGGUGAUAUCAAAUCACACUAUCGAUGUAAACGUUCGUUGGAUGGCUGUACUUUAUAUGAAAAUCGGCGUUGAUAAAUAUUGGAGGAGGAAUUCCCCUAAUGCGAUCGCCGAAGAGGAGAAGUUUAACAUCAAGCAAGGCCUCUUGAGCAAUUUCACCGAACCGGUCAAUCAAAUAGCCGUUCAAAAAGCUGUUUUAAUAUCGAAAAUCGCCCGGUGCGAUUGCCCCAAAGAAUGGCCCGAUCUGUUCCCCACUCUUUUAUCCGCAGUGGAGAGCGCCGAUAGUCUCAUCCAGCACAGAUCUCUUUUAACGCUACAUCACGUCGUCAAAGCGAUUUCCUCGAAAAGGUUAGCCGGAGACCGGAGGAUAUUUUACGAGUUUACGUUAAACAUUUACAAUUUUAUUUUAAAUUUAUGGAAUAAUUACACGGAAGCGUUCGUUAGGGACAUUUCUCACAACGCCGGCGCGGACGUGAUCACUGUUAAUUUAGAGAAAGCUUUAUUAACGCUUAGAAUUUUAAGGAAAUUGUCUGUGUUCGGUUUCUACAAGCCGCACGAAAGCGACAGCUGCAUGUCUUUUCUGAAGAUCAUAUUUCAGAAGGCGAAAAUCAUCCUGCAGUGCCGCAAACAACUCAAAGGCAAAGGGAUCUACGUGCUCGAACUCUGCGAAAAAUUCAUCAUCCACCUGACUAAAAUUUUACUAUCGGUUCUCGAUAUGCAUCCCAUAUCGUUCAUCGAAUUUAUCGAACCUACGUUAGAUUUCACGUUCUACUAUCUCUUUACCGACGAAGGUAUCAAUUUCGUGUUUGAACGAUUCGUUAUUCAGUGUUUUAACUUAAUCAAAAACAUUCUCAUGUGCUUGGAAUAUAAAUCGGUGAAAACCGACACGAGCAAGUACCCCGAAACCAUAAAGGCUCAAAAAAUGAAGCAGGCGUUCUUCCAACCCGACAGAGUUUCCGAUAUGUGCAGGAAACUGAUAGGACAUUAUUUCCUUCUGACGCAGGACGAAUUAGACAUGUGGGAUUCGGACCCCGAGGAAUUUUCCAACGACGAAAGCGGAGACAGUUGGAAGUACAGUUUGAGGCCUUGCACCGAUACAGUAUUCGUGUCGUUGUUCCACGAAUACAGGGAGUACCUGAAGCCUGUAUUAUUAGAAUUAAUCGCCGAAACCAACGCUAUCGUACCUCCUAACGACAUACAAGGCAUUUUAAAAAAAGAUGCAGUUUACAACGCCGUAGGACUGUGCGCUUUCGAUCUAUUCGACGAGGUAGACUUCGAUUCCUGGUUCACGAACACCUUAUAUCAAGAAUUGAAAAUUAAAGACAACAACUACAGGGUGAUCAGGAGACGAGUGACGUCCCUGUUCGGCCGUUGGAUAGGUAUAAAAUUAUCUACGGAACUAAGGCCCGUUUUGUACGAAUGCAUUAACAAUUUACUGGAUCCGAAAGAAGACAUGGCAGUGAGACUAACGGCCGCGUCGACUCUGCGGUACGCCAUAGACGAUUUCGAAUUCAACUGCGAGCAAUUCAAAGAUUACAUGUACAACGCGUUUAAUCUGCUGUUUGCCCUGUUGAAGGAAUCGAAGGAAUGCGAAACUAAAAUGCAGGUCUUGAACGUCAUGACGUUGUUGUUGGAACGGAUGGGCAACGUCCUGCAAAACGAACUGGAUUCACUGCUGCAAUACCUCCCGUACCUUUGGCAGGAAUCCGAGGAACACAACAUACUCAAGUGCGCCAUUGUGGCGACGCUCGUUCAAUUAGUUAAAGCCGUCGGGGGCGUGAAACCCGAAUUAUAUCCGUUCUUGUUACCAAUCAUACAAUUAGGAACGGAUGUAACCCAAAACGCGAUUGUAUACUUAUUAGAGGAUUGCCUGGAUUUGUGGCUGACGGUUUUGGAAUUCUCCUCAUCAAUGACGAACGAGCUGAUGCAAUUAUUCAACAACAUGCCCGCCCUGAUCGAGUACUCCACCGAGAAUCUACGCCAGUGCCUGAUAAUUUGCCUGGUGCAUUUGUUACUAGCGCCUGAGCUGGUCAUGCGAACGCAAGGGAUCCAAUUGAUACAAGUCUGCGACGGUAUAAUGUCGGAUUUGAAGAACGAAGGAGUUGUAAUGCUGCUGCGACUGGUCGAGACGUUUCUGCGAGCCUCUCCCGGACUGGGAGCCGAGUCGACGCUUCCCAUAUUGCCCAGGAUCUUCGAGAAGGUGUACAACGCGCGAGAAGAGUACCAAAUGUUGAUGUCGAUGAGCCUGUGCAUCGUGUCCAGGGUUCUGUUGUCGUCUCACGAGAUAUUCACGCGCGUGCUGAAUAAAUUGGCGCAAGAUAACGAGGAAACCGAGCAGGCUACGCUAGGAACGCUGCUGGACAAGUGGCUGGAUAAAAUGAGGAACGUGUCCCAGCCGGAUCAUCGGAAACUCUUGGGACUGGCGCUCGUUAGUUUGUUGACCACUCAAAGUGCUCUGGUGUUGGAAAGGUUUCCGCUGGUGAUGCUGAAUGUUUUAGAGGCUCUAAACGAUAUUACGAAGGAGGAGAACGGGGUUUUGGUGGAUUCUCUCGUAUUGACCGAGGGGCAAAGCCCUAGCGAUUUUGAAGAUAACGACGGGUAUUACGAAACCGAUCACAACCAAAGAAAAAAGCAGCUGGUUCUGUCCGAUCCCGUUCAUACUAUAGCUUUGAAGGAUUACCUCCAGUCUCAAAUGUUCGCUUUAAAAAACCAAGUCGGUUUGCAGCAAUACGAGUAUUUGUUACAAAGCGUCGACGAGGAUACUUUAUCGCAACUUAAAGAUUACAUAACAUUUUAAACAAUCGAUAUAAAGAUAAUACCACUUUUUAAAAGCAAGAAAGCUGUAUAAAAGAUUUUUUUUUAAUUUGGUCAACAAUUGGUAACGUGAAUUCAAUUUUUGUUAUAAUAUUAUUGUAAUUAUAUACCUUCUAAGUUUUAUAAAUAAAUAAUGUUCAAUUAUUUAGGGUAUAAUUUAAUUUUCC